AUGGAAACUGACAUAAACAUCCCAAAAACAAAAGCAGUUAAUGUUUUCUUUUAGUUUGCAAGAAUGUAAUUCUAUUUAACUGUUUUUUCUAAUUUGUUACCUAUUAUAAUAAGUUAAACAAAUUAAGUUUGUUCAAGUAAAUUAAACAUUGUUUAUAAGAUGAGGGAAUAAAAUUAAUAUCUUUAAGUUACAAAGGUGACAUAGUAUUAUUGAUUCUAAAUUUAAUAUCACUUUUAUUUAUAUGGUUGAAAGAACCAUUUGCAAGGUAAAAUGUGUAGUUAAUUAAUAAGACUUGAGUUUUUUGUAAUGUAUGCAAUUAAUAUCUGUUGGAGUGGAAUUAUGGCUGGUUAAACAUAUUUAGAUGUAACAACAUAACCAAAUGAAUGUGAAGGUGUUAUCUUAUCAUAAAAAUUAAUACUCUUUUUUCAUUUUAAAACUCAUUUAGAAGUAAUACUGAAAAAAUGAUCUAUAGGUUUUAUUUACAUUAUUUUCUCCAAUUUUAUUUGCAUUCAGAAUAACUAAUUUGCCAAAUUCACUUUUUGCAAUAUAUUUAAUAUUGACAGCAAAUUCUUAAUAAUAAUUGUGUUCUAGAGAUAUUACUAAUAUUGAAUUUGGAUUAAUAUUUAUAGCUUUAAUAUGUUGUUUAAUUGGUUUGCCCUUAAAUAUUGGAUUAUUUUGUACAAAAAAGGUAACAAUUCCAAAUUUGUUUCGAUUUUUAUUAAUGUUAACAAUAAUUGGUUAGAGUGGUUUAAUAGGUUUAUAUAAAUGAAUAUAAUUGUAGCUUUAAUUUAUUAGGCUGAUGUAGAUCUUAAAUCAGAAUGUAGUCCAACACAUCUUAUAUUUAGAUCUUAUUUAUAUAUUAUUCCAAUAACAAUUUUAAGUGCUUUAAGUUUGUUGUUUUCCAUGCCAGUUUAAGAUCAUGAUGAAAUUAGAUAACUUUUAAUUCAAGCUAGAAUGAAACCAUUAAAACCAUCAUUACCGAUCUAAUAAUAAGAUAUAACUAAACCUUAAGUAUAAUAAUAAUAAGAAGAAAUAUUAAAUAAAUCUGUUUUAGAUGCAGGAAAAUCUCAAAUCGGAGCCAAAUCAUAGAUUGGUGCAAAAUCAUAAUAUGGAACUAUUAGUAGAAGAGGAUGA